AUGCCUCCGAGGAAAGUAGUUCGCGAAGUGUUCCUAAUGGACGGUAAGUUCGGGAAAUACCAGACUUCGCUCUCGACUUCGAGCAGACUCUCGCUGCUGAGAGGAGCCCACCAAAUUCCUCGUCAAAUUCAACUCAUUUCCCCCGAACCGACAGUCUGUCCUGAGAAUCCUCCCCCAGGGCACACGUGCGCAUUCGAAAUCUUCUUUUCGCUAUGCGGUCUUUACUUCCCCCUCCCUGACGUCCUGAUCGACCUUAUGCACGAGUUCGGGAUCGCACUUCCCCAGUUGUGCCCGAAUUUGUACGCAGUUAAGAAAGGGCGAACAAAGGGAACAUUUUUCUUGUCACCUCGGAAAGGUUUCCGAGUCUUCGAUGACUUCCCAGACAAAGAUGAGCAAUGGAGAAAAUCAUACUUCUUCUUUCCAGUGAAUGAGCUCACUUAUGGAAACAAGACUGGUUUAUUUGUUUCUGAGUGGGCAGCUCGCACCGUUAAAGUCAGCACGCCUCCCGUUUCACAUACUUUUGCUGCUCACUUCUCGAAUUUUUGUCGUCAAGAUCUAGCUGAGAAAGACAAAGCGCGGAUUAAAUCCGACAGAACCGUGAUGGCGGGAACCCUCGAGGACAGCAAACUCCGUUCCCUUGAGAAAACAAAGUACCAACCGUCUGACUCUGGGUCGAGACCUGAAACUCCUACUUCGGUGUCGGCUGGAAAGAAACCUGAAACUCCUACUUCGGGUUCCGGAAAGGCUCUUAAGGACCCUGCUGGCAAAGAUCCCGAGAAGCGGGCUGCUGACAAGAAACGGAAGCAGCCCGAAGAGAUCAGCCACUCCCCACCUCGCUCCUCACGCCCUCGUCAAGAGGAAAAAGGAGCGAAGUUGAAGGGAGUUGUGGAGGACGCCCCCCAGAACCUGGUGGUUCUGUCUUCUCGGGAAUCCGAAACCCGUGAAUCGGAACGUCGCAACGUCCCUCUUCCGGCUCCUCCGAUGACUUUUGCGGAUACAAUGAGGACCCUCGUUCCACCCGGUUCUGCCAUAGCUCCCUUCGACGAAAUGAAAGAGGUCAACAAGGACAACUACCUUCGCUUCGCCGGGAAACUUGGCAAGGUAAAACCCGAACUGAAUCAAUAUCCGUUAUGUCCUUCAACUCCGUUUUCUGCAGCCACGAGUUUCAAGCGAAACGAAGAUGAGAACGCCAAGGCCGUGGAGAAGGCGAACAAAGUUAUGAACCGGAUGAAGGCUGCCGAACUGCAGGUCCAAAAGCUUGAAGUGAACAAUAUCGACCUGACCGCAAAGCUCGAGGCCGGGAAGAAUGCAUAUCUCGACGCAGUCGAUAAAGAGACCCAAGCUCGAGCCGACCUCAAAGCUUGCGAAGAGAAGUUGAAGAAAAUGGAAGAGGAGCAAGCCGCACUGAUUGCUGCGGCGAGAACGGACGAGAGGAGGAAGGUGCGGGCUCAAUUCCACGACUUCUCCUCGAAGUACGGGAAUUUCUUCAAAGAAUCCGAAGAGGUAGAGACCCUCAAGGUUCGGGCUGCAGAGGCAAAAGCGAACCGAGAGUUGCUUGAGGAGAUCGAGAAGGGAGAAAUUCCUGAUCUCUCAAAGGAGCUUGAAUCGGUCCGAGCUGACGAGGAGAAGUUUGCUAGACAGGCUGCGGAACCGAAGACUCCUCAUCCUGACCCUACUGAACUCAUUUCGCUCCUUGCCGAUACGCCACCGGAGGUAGUCGUGGAGAGUAUUCCCUCUGCCGAAGUGGUGGUUAUCGACGAGGGAGGGUCUAACAAGGGCUCUGCCUCCGAAGCAAGAAUUGCCGCCAUGUUCCCGGUUGAUGUUGAGAAGGACUCCGGAAGGGCGGAGUAA